GGGCGAGGGGUUACAGAGAGUCAGGACAGGAUGAGGGAUAGUUCAGUUCCGAGCUCAGCUUCCUCGUCAGUGACAGAUCUAUACAACGCCCCCCGCAGCAGUAGGUCAGACCUCUUCCUCCCAGGUACAUCUGGAGACUUCAGCCUGAGUGCCUGCUUAUCAGCCUGCACCCUGCUCUAUGAGGGUGCAGUAGAACCCAUGCAGAUUGAUGUAGACCCACAAGAAGAUCAGCAAAAUGCUCCAGAUAUCAACUAUGUGGUGGAGAACCCGACUCUGGAUCUGGAGCAGUAUGCAGCAAGUUACAGCGGGCUGAUGAGGAUCGAGCGGCUGCAGUUCAUUGCUGAUCACUGCCCACAGCUGCGAGUAGAAGCCCUCAAGAUGGCACUCUCAUUUGUCCAAAGAACAUUCAAUGUUGAUGUUUAUGAAGAAAUUCACCGGAAAUUGACGGAAGCUACCAGGGAAUUGCAGAACACACCUGAUGCUGUCCCAGAUGGAGGGAUGGAGCCCCCUCCACUAGACACAGCAUGGGUUGAAGCAACACGCAAAAAAGCUCUUCUCAAGUUGGAAAAGCUUGACACAGAUCUAAAGAACUAUAAAGGGAAUUCAAUCAAGGAAAGCAUCAGGAGAGGCCAUGAUGACUUGGGGGACCACUAUCUCGACUGUGGGGACCUCAGCAAUGCCCUCAAAUGUUAUUCACGAGCCCGUGAUUACUGCACCAGCGCAAAGCAUGUUAUUAACAUGUGCCUCAAUGUUAUCAAGGUCAGUGUUUACCUUCAGAACUGGUCCCAUGUCCUGAGCUAUGUCAGCAAAGCGGAGUCCACACCAGAAAUUGCAGAGCAAAGAGGAGAACGUGACAGCCAGACACAGGCAAUCCUCACCAAAUUGAAGUGUGCUGCAGGCUUGGCUGAACUAGCUGCCCGGAAAUACAAGCAGGCGGCAAAGUGCUUCCUGUUGGCCUCGUUUGAUCACUGUGACUUCCCUGAGCUUCUGUCUCCUAGCAAUGUGGCUGUUUAUGGUGGCCUAUGUGCGCUGGCCACUUUUGACCGCCAGGAACUGCAGCGUAAUGUCAUCUCCAGCAGCUCCUUCAAACUCUUCUUGGAGCUAGAACCGCAGGUCCGCGACAUCAUCUUCAAGUUCUAUGAAUCCAAAUACGCCUCUUGUCUCAAGAUGCUGGAUGAGAUGAAGGAUAAUCUGCUAUUGGACAUGUACCUGGCACCUCAUGUGAGGACACUUUACACCCAAAUCCGAAAUCGGGCCCUCAUCCAGUAUUUCAGUCCAUAUGUGUCAGCAGACAUGCGUAAGAUGGCCACCGCCUUCAACACUACAGUGGCAGCCCUGGAAGAUGAGCUCACUCAACUGAUCCUAGAGGGACUGAUUAAUGCCAGAAUAGACUCACACAGCAAGAUUUUAUAUGCCCGGGAUGUUGACCAGCGCAGCACUACCUUUGAGAAGUCCUUGCUAAUGGGAAAGGAGUUCCAACGUCGCGCCAAAGCUAUGAUCCUAAGAGCCGCUGUCCUGCGUAAUCAGAUCCAUGUGAAGUCUCCUCCCAGAGAAGGAAGCCAAGGUGAACUCACUCCAGCAAACAGCCAGUCCCGGAUGAGCACCAACAUGUGAAGCGUUCAACUCAUCGAAAGACUCUUCCUCCCCGCCACACCAGGGCCACGUGUAUCAUCCUGCGUCCGAGCCACCCACUGUCCCGUGGUGCCUUCUCAGCCUCUCUAGGUGUGGGAGGGGCCGGACCGUGGGCGGCAUGCCUUUAGAGUCUGUAAUUCCUCUUAGAACAGAAACUUCCAUUAGGUGCAGCACUCCAAGAACAUGUGCACAUGGGAGUGCUGGGUGCCUCUGCUCCCUUCCCCAGGGUAUUUCCCAAACAGAGGCUUAUCUUGGCUUCCUUCAGCUGCCAACCUUUUUGUGGUUUCCAUGCAGUAAAACCACACAUACAUGGCAUGGAUCUGGAGGAACAAGCGUGUUCCUGUAAAACGUCUCGUUCAAACAAACCCAUGUUCUUAGACCUGGAGAUUCCCUCUGGGGCCACCGCAGAAAGAAACCUGGCAUCGAUUCCGUUCACUUGCUCACGAGGCUUGUGUUUGCAUUUACCCUGGGCCCGCUCCAUGUCAAUCUGCUCUUCCCAUUUUAAAAGCCCUGCUUGUUCUCAUAUCCUCUGGCCUGGUUUGGCUUUCAUACUUGCAGCUGCAGUGUGGGUGGCAUUCGAGCCAUUUUGGACUGCAGCGGAGGGCCACAAUGGCACAGCAGUGCCUCCCUCUGCAUCUCGGCAGGACCCUGCCUGGCUGCCUGCCUGCACUCCUGGCACCACCACUUAUUUAUCCUACACAAAAAGGGGGUUGUGAACACAGGCCGGGCUCGGAUUGUGCUACGUUGAUGGGCAUGGUUUAAUUGUUUGGAUAUUUCACCGUUACUUCUGUUUGGGGUUCUUUCAGUGGGAUUCAUCCCAGGGACAAAGUUAACAAAUUUGGACCUAGCCCUUGACAGCUCAUUAGACUUCCUACAGACACUGUUAAUGCUAUUAGUUAAAAACAACGUUCUCUCCUAUGCAUUAAAAGCAUAAUUGUAAAGAUAA